GAUUACUUCCAAACCCUUGAGUUGAAGACUUUCUUCAUUCCAUGGCUGCCAAGCUCUAAUUAGGGCGGCCAUUUCUCAGAACAUACAACUCACAAUUAAACAAAUUUUCUUUAAACCCAAACUAUACUUAACGCCUUUCAUUUACAGUCGCUGGUAGAUCGGCAAAGCUAGAGCAGUAAACGGCGUUGGAUUUGAGACCUAGGGUAUUUUUUCAUUUUUCUGAAGAUCGUCAUCGGAGGGCAGCUUAACUUCUCCGUCUAGGGUUUGCUUUGCUAGAGAGCUGCGGGAAAAUUUGAAAUUUUAGGGUUUUGAAGGAAUCCGAAUCAUCUAGGGUUUUGGGUUUGAAGGCUGGUCCGGGGGACCAGCCUCGUCUGUGCUGAUGCAGUGGGGAAGAUCAGCUGAAGAUAGAGAGAAACAGAAGCAGAGGCAGAAGGACAGAGUUAAGGUUAGGGUUAGGGUUUGCCAUGGGGAGUUCGGGCAUCGGGAACAAGUUUGUGUCGGUGAAUCUGAAUAAAUCGUAUGGCCAGCAGGGCGGUUCGGGGAUGGGGCAUCCCGGAGGUGGGCGAUCGAGGCCGGGCGGGGGGCAUGGAGGAAUGCUGGUUCUGUCGAGGCCUAGAACGACUCAGGGGGCUGCAGGGCCUAAGGGUUCCAAGCUUGCAGUUCCGCCCCCCUUGAAUUUGCCGUCUCUGCGUAGAGAGCACGGGGGUACCGAUUCAGUUGCUCAGACAGGGGUGGUGACAACAAGCACAGCACCGGUUGGUUGGAUUAAACCGGUUAUGCCUGCAAAUGCUAGUGAUGGAGAGCAGGUUGCAGAUGGAUUGGCUGGGAAAUCUGCUGCACCAAGUUCUGGUUCUACAUGGGGAACAAGCCCUGCAUCAGCUGCCAAGCCAGCGGUUCCACCUGGAAAUGCAAUAGGGUCUUCUGCCGAUUCAGUGGUUAGACCGGGUGUUUACACACCUCCAGCUGCACGAGCAAAAAGUAGUGGGCCGGGAACGGUGUCCACUCAGGCACCUGCCCUCCCUGUGAUGCUCAGGGGUGAAGAUUUCCCAUCUCUGCAAGCAUCUGUACCACAUGUAACCAUUCCUCAGCAGAAACAGAGGGAUGCACAACAGAAGCAAAGGAGGAAUCAGGAAGAUUUGAAAGAGCAAAAGAUCAAGCUUCAGCAGCUUUCACAACAAGGAGUUCAGGAUGGGAUAUUAGCGCAACAGCAGCAGGAAGGUCCCCAAGAAGUUCCCGAGAACCAGGCUUCACCUCCACCAAUGCGCCCUCAGAUGAGGUCUAAACAGCAUAGUUCUUCUGAAGAAAAUUUGCAUUAUCGGGGCAAUGACAGAUCUAGGGGGUUGCCUGGGCAUCAUUUACAGAAGCCGGAAGGUUAUUCCUCUGGACCUCCACCACUUGUUAGGCUCGAUCAUACAUCUAAUUGGGCAGAUGAUGAACGUGACACUGGGAGGAGUGAGCGAGACUUUGCAAAGAACGACUUUCACAACAAUGAUGACAUGGGAUAUGGGCUUGGAUCAUUUCAGAAAAAUGGCUCUUUUCUGGGGCCGGGCCCUGUUAGGGAGGGUCGUGAUGCUACUGCCUUUUCACAUUAUGACAAAGGUACCUUUUCACAUUAUGACAAAGGUACUUUUCGAGCUGAUUCUAAUGGCAGGGAAGUGUGGCAAGGUGGAAAUGAUAGGGACAUGAGCUUCAGGAGAAGUUCUUCUUUUCGAAAAGAAGGGAGCUUUAGCAAUGACAUGGGGUUUGAUAGGGAGAGGGGCUUCUCGAGGUCUGCAACUUUCAGCAGAGAAAACACAAUCGACAGAAACCAUGAUGUAGAAAUGAAGUUAAUGAGAGGCCCUUAUGGUAGGAUUAAUGGACAAAGCUGGGAGUUAGAUAAUGCUCGAGAAAAUUUAAUAGUCAGGGAUUCUAUUGGAAAAGACAAUGGUAGUUGGGAUUCAGGUUUUAGAGACAAUUUUAGCAGAGAUGGAGGGUACAGUCAGGAUAGACAGGUUGGAAACCAUGGAAGGGAUGGUUUUCUUCGGAAAGGUGGUGAGCAAAACUUUGCAGCUGGCAGGUAUGGAGAUACCUUUGGCAGAAAUAGAAGUUUUCAAAAUGAUGCACCACAAAAUAAUUCAUGGAACAGAGUUUCAUUUUCUACAGGAAGCAGAGGGAUGCCUGUUAAUGACCCUAUCUUGAAUUUUGGGCGUGAUAAGCGCUCUUUUACCAGCUAUGGUAAACCCUAUUCAGAGGACCCCUUUAUGAAAGAUUUUGGCAAUAUUACAGGAUUUGAUCUAAGAGAUCCCUUUGUUGGGGGUUUUGGCACAGAAAUUAAGGUUUCCAGGAAGAGAAAAGAUGAUUCGAAACAAACUGAUUUCUAUGACCCAAUCCGAGCAUCCUUUGAAGCUGAGCUUGAGAGGGUUCAAAAGAUGCAGGAGCAGGAGAGGCAAAGGAUGAUUGAGGAACAAGAAAGAGCUCAGGAGCUUGCUCGGAAAGAAGAAGAAGAGAGGCAACGCCAAGCUAGAGAAGAAGAAGAGCGUCAAAGGAGGCUUGAAGAAGAGGCCAGGGAAGCUGCUUGGAGGGAGGAACAACAAGCAUUGGAGGCUGCUAGAAGAUUAGAGGAAGAGAGGAGAGCUAGGGAAGAGGAGAAGAGAAGAAUUAUUACGGAGGAGGAGAGAAGAAAAGAAGCUGCUAAACGCAAGUUGCUUGAGUUGGAGGAAAGAAUUGCAAAGAGGCAGGCAGAAAGUAAAAAAGAAGACGUGCCAACUACUGAUGAUGGAAGACUUCCCAUUGUGAGAUCUGUGAAGGAUAGAGAUAUCCGGAGGGUAGAUACAGGAGAGUGGGAAGAUGAAGAAAGAAAAAUUGAUCGCAUCACAAGCUCUGCAUCUUCAGAGAGUUCAAAUAUGAGUAGAUCUUUUGACACAGGGUUGCGGGCUCAAGUUUUACGGGAUGCAAACUCAUUGGCUUCUGAUAGGAUAAAGCCUUCAAAUUCUUGGAGAAGAGAGCCCACUGAAAAUGGAAAUGGUUCACAUUUUGUUUCUCAAAUUAUUUCUGUGGAUCAGAAUAACAGUUACCAGAGCUCAAAUUGGGAAUCAUUGAAUGGUGGAAGAGGACUUCCUCGCAGAAAUUUAUUUGAAGGUUCCAGGACCUGUUCAGCUAAGGGUCUUCCCAAAACGGAGAGGUCAGAAAUGAUGCUGGUAAAUGAUCACAUGCCUUUUCGAAAUGAUCAGAGAAGAUCUAAUACAGAUAGUGAAGUCUAUGAGAAUACAACUGAUGGGUAUGCUGACAUCACAUGGGAGCAGGAGAAAUCAGAUUCAUGGCGAGGUCGAGAUCGUAUUCGGAUUUCAGCUGCUGUUUCUUACACACACAGCUCUGAAGCAGAUGCAUUUACUGUAGGACGGUCACGCCAUUUUAGACAACCACGAGUUCUUCCUCCUCCCUCUGUGACAGCCCUGCAAAAGGGUUUAUUUAAGAAUGGAGCUGAGAAACCUCUGUCAUCUCCACUAUUGGAAGAGGAGACUCAAAGAGGUUUUUCAUCCUAUGAUAUAGAAAGCAAUGUGGAAUUGAGUUUGGAACAAGAUGGUGCAGUAAAUAAUGAACCAUUGGAGGUGCAGGUAUCACAGGAUGAGCACGGCUCUGGAGAUCAGCAAGGAUUAAAGAAUAUGAUACGAUCUGAUUCACAAUCUCUUCCAUCUGUUUCUAGUCUGCCUGGCUCUCCAGCCCAUGUUUCACAUGAUACCUUGGAAGAGACAGGAAUUCCAAUGUAUCGGCAAAAUGAAGAAGAGACGCCAGCAUUGUCUAAUCUGGAUGAUACAUUGGGCAAUGUUAUAUCUGCUGAAAUAUUGAAGACAGACAAGUGUAAUGAAUAUGUAUCCUCCCCAUCAAAAUCUGUUGGGCAAGAAAUACAUGAAUGGGUUUUUAAGGAUGAAGAUGACUUUUCUGUGGAAGAGGAGUAUGAAGAAGAGCACUUGGAUGAGGAAGAGAAUGGGAUAUUUGAGGAAGAGGAAGAAAAUCAAGAGAAAACAUAUGAUUAUGAUAAUUUGCAUGUGGAACAACAGAAAACAGAGCUCAAGAAUAAUCAUUUUCUUUUUAAUGAUAUAGUUGAAAUGGAAGAGCCUGUUCUCAAUAGUUUAGAAGGGAGAUCUGUGCAGGAUGGAAAUGCAGAUGCAAUUGAGUUAGAAGGAAAACCUGAUAGGAGUGAGCAUCAGGAAUCCUCACUUAAAGCUCAAAACUCAGUGGUGGUGGCAGAAGACAACAAACAUGAAAUGCAGGAGUUUAAAGCACCUGGGGGACAGUUGGAGGGCUCAGCUGAUGGCAAAGAGGGCUCUGACAAAGUGCAGCCACCAUUGGUGCAGCAGCCUAGUAUUCAGCAAGCUAUAAUGGAAGGGAAAUCUGGGUUAGCCUCUUCGGAAUCUUUACAAGUACAGUCAGAUAUUGAGAGUUCCCUGCAGUGUCUGGUUCAGCCAACACAGAAAUCGUUUUCAACUCCUGUGCCCUUCGCCCAGUCAAACAUAUCAUCAACCACUACUUCUCUAAGUUCAUCAAUAUUGAAUCCAAUUUCUGCUCUCCCCAGUCAGACAGAGUUACCCUUCAAAUUGCAGUUUGGAUUUUUUCCUGGGACUUCAAUUAUACCAGCUACAGUUCCUGCAAUUCAAAUUGGAUCCAUACAAAUGCCUCUGCAUUUACAUCCUCCGGUUUCUCCAUCACUGACACAAAUCCCUCCCCCACAACCUCCUAUGUUCCAGUUUGGCCAACUUAGUUACCCAGCUCCAAUAUCGCAAGGGCGUCUAACAUUGUCUCAGCCGCCUAUGUCUUAUGUUCAUCGCAGUGUUUCAGCACAUUAUUCCUUGGGGCAACCCGUGACACCAUUGUCUGCUCAACAUAUUCUAGAUUCUACAAUUCAAAUUCAGGCAGACUCUAUAACAACAGGCUUGAGAUCACCACUUGCAAAUCAACGUGCUCCUGCAGAAGAGAAACCUUCACAAGAAAACAGAUGCAAUAUGGAUAAUGAUUGUUUUGUAUCAAAUAAAACUUUUAAAUCUGUUUCAACUGUAAAAUCUCAUGCUGGACAAUAUCAUAGCACUUCUGCCAUGGCCGUUGACAACCAACACAUAAAAUCUUCUAAAUAUGCAUCUGAAAUUGAAAUUCCAGUUGUUAACAAAAUUUACAAGCCUUUUGCUAAUGUUCCAGAGCAGGCUCAAAAUGAAGGUAGUUCGGUACAAUCCUCUUCUGGUGGAUUGCAGACAGGUGGUCGAGGCAGGGGAAAUAGAACAAUGUAUGGAGGGAGGGCAAAUGGAGUAAGAGCAUCGACAAAUACAGCAGAGGGUUUGUGGUCUGCUCCAGAUGCCAGAAGGCCCCACAAACAAGGCCGUAGGAAUAUCCAAAGAAAUGAAUUCCGAGUGACUGUUGAUAGAAGACAUCCUGAAGUAACGGAUUCCAAUGACCUUGCCAGAAAAGAAGACAAGCCCCGAAGUUCUGUACGGUCUGACUCUGUGAGUGGUUCAAUGGAUCGGGGGGCUAAGAAGGAUCUGGGGAUCAGUGCCGAGAAGAUGAUGAAGUCAGAAAUUGGUUCAAAGACAGGCUAUGGGACUAGUUUUCCCUCUGUUCACUAUGAAGACAAAGCAGAGAGAAUGCCAGGUGGCAAAUUACCUCAGAGAAGUGGGUUACAAAUGCCAGUGGUGACAGGUUCUCGUUCAACUGAGGGAAUCCUUAAAAGAAAUGAAAAAUCUGAAGUGGCAGAUGAUGUUCCUUUACAAAGUGGCAUUGUACAAAUUUUUAAACAACCUGGCAUCGAGACUCCAAGUGAUGAGGAUGAUUUCAUCGAGGUAAAGACUAGACGUCAGAUACGUGAACAAAGAGAUAAGGAAAUGAAAGCUAAAUCAAAGGACUUGAAGCCAAAGGAUCAAGCUGCUCGGAGGUAUAGAGCUCCUCCCAAAUCAACCUCCCAAGUGGAUGGGAUUUUAGCAAUUUCUCAUAGAGGUGCUACAUCGUCAGGAGGAGAAAAGCGAAAUUCUAUGAUGCCCUCUGCAGUUAUGGUAGAUAGUGCCCAAACUGAUGGGAGGAACCUGCCCACUGCUGGUUCAUCUACUGCUGGUUCAUCUACUGCUCUUCUUGCAUCUGCAGGACCCCCUCAGCAGCUGGCCCCUAUUGGUACACCAGCAGGGAAUACUGAGGGAUCUAAUGAUAAAAGAUCAAUAUCUUUAAAGCCUAUUCAGACAAAUUCCAUGCCUUCUAUUUCACACGUUGACAUGGAUGUGGGAAAGGGUUUGAGAUUUGAGAAUCAGAGCCCAGGACAGGAAGGUAUCAGUAGCACAGGCGUGGGAGCAUGGGGUAGCGCAAGGAACAGCCAGCAGGUUGUGAGCUUGACACAGAUUCAAUUAGAAGAGGCCAUGAAGCCUGCUUCCUUUGAAGCCAAACGGGCUCCUUUAUUGCCUUUGGGUGAUCAUGGUGGCAUGGCUCUGGAGUCUGGAAUGUCUGUGAUUUCAGUGUUAGCACAAGAUAAACCUUUGUCAUCAACUGUUCCUCUCAAUUCGCUUCUUGCUGGUGAAAAAAUACAAUUUGGUGCGGUCACUUCCCCAACAUUGCUACCACACAGUAGUUGCUCUAUCAUGCCACCUCUUUCAACUGGACUUGGACCUUCUCUGGCUUGUAGACCAGAUGGAUCCAUGGAAAGUUCAUUUUCAGCAACAGAGGGUGAUUCUACGAAUUUUUUUAACAAGGCAGAUGACAGAUGCAGGCAAAUGGUGGAUCCCGAGGCUGAAGCUGAGGCUGCUGCCUCAGCAGUUGCAGUUGCUGCAAUUAGUAGUGAUGAUUCUGUAGGGAAUGGUGUAGGUGGUGUCUCGAUGUCUGUUGCUGAAUCUAAAGUCUUUGGGAAUUCAGAUGUUGGUGCAGCUUCAGUAGGAGUAUCUAUUACGCGGCCUGUGAUGAUUCAAUCAAGGGGUGAAGACUCCAUGACAGUGGCACUUCCAGCUGAUCUUUCUGUGGAAACUCCAUCUCCUCUUUCAUUAUGGCCCUCUGUAGUAAAUAGGCAAAACUCUGCAGGUCCAGUUCUUUCCCAUUUCCCUGGUGCACCUCCACCUUUCCCCUGUUUUGAAAUGAGUCCAAUGAUGGGUGGCCAGAUAUUUGCAUAUGGGCAGCAUGAGGAAGCAACCCCUCUAUCUCAAGGCCAGAAAGCUAACACUUCUGUUGAGCAGGGUAUUUCAGGUAUGGGGUCAGGACCUGUUGGAGGAUGGCAACAAUGCCAUUCGGGUGUGGACUCCUUCUACGGGGCUCCACCUUCUGGCUUUACUGGUCCAUUCAUUAGCCCCACAGUAGGUAUCCCAGGACCUCCUCCGAUGUUUGUGUAUAACCAUUUUCCAGCAGUUGGGCAGUUUGGGCAGGUAGGCUUCAUGAGUGCUUAUAUUCCGUCUGGCAAACAACCAGACUGGAAACACACACCUGCAUCUACUUCUGGCAUUGGCCUCAGUGAAGGAGAUAUUAGUAGUCUUGGGAUUAUGUCAGGUCAACGCAAUCCCAACAUGCCAACUUCUGUUCAGCAUAUGCCUAUAGUUCCAUCUCUUGGCUUGUUUGAUAUGAAUCUAUCUUCCCCAUUCCAGUCUGCAGCAGACUUAACAAUGCAGACUCAGUGGUCUCACGUUCCUGGACCUCCUACUUUUCAGACCAUGCCAAUGUCAGGGGCUAUGGUUGGUCUGUCAUUGCCAUUGCAGCAAACAGAUGGCUUAUCAUCACAACUGAGUCAUGCAUCGCACACAAUGGAGUCUGUCGGUAGGUUUCACCAUGUUCUUGCCUCUAAGCCAACAGGCAGUGGACCUUUCUCAACCGUUGAUGCAGCUGCACAGUUUCCGGAUGAACUUGGAUUGGGAGACUCAGUUUCUAGUAAUAAUAGCUCUGUGCUGACAUCACGCAAUUUAUCAAGUAGCCAUGCUAAUUACAACUCUGUACCAUCAGCUAAUGUUAAAGUUCCAAAAGGUAAGAGCUCAUCCAGGUCUGCUCGAUCUAGCAGUACUGGAAGUAGCAGCGAGAGUAGUGCUUUAGCUGUAGGAACAAAUAAUGUUACAUCAAGUAGCCAAUCUCUACAUGGAAGCCGCACAGUUGGUCAUCCAUUUCAGUCUCAGGGCGGUUCUCCACAGGUAACAUCAGGGCAGUAUCCCCACCCAGUUGGUUACUCAGAGCAGAGAGGAACAUCCCAGCAGCAUACAGGACACAAGACAAGUGUUGCAAAUGAUUGGUCAGUGCAAGGCCACAGGAAAAUGGGGAGUCAAGGGAGGUCCCAGAUGCCAGGUGAUAAAAACUUCCCAACUUUAAAAGUGAAGCGGGUUUAUGUUCCGAAAUCACCAUCAUCUGCAAACAAUGUAGGUACACCCGUGACACUUCUGUAAGCUUGAUAAAUCACCAAGAGUUUGCAUGAGCUGCCCAGGUACAAAAAUGUCAGCAAGUGGAUGCAGUUCUGUAACUUGAUUUUACAAGGUAUAGAGAAGCAGCUGCAACAGAGCUCCAACAGUUCAUUUAGAAGAUUCAAUUUGUGAAUCUUGCAGGCUCUCUAAUUCAAUUAAUUGUUCUGGAAUCAAGUUGAAUUGCCAUAUGGGAUUUGUUCGAAUGGUGAUCGGGUAGUACUGUGUAUUGUCUCUCAGGUUGGUUGUAGUGUAUUUGGCCAAAGAAUCUACUCGAUCCAGUAAUAUUCCCUUUUUUUGUCUUGUAAAAGGUUUGCCUACAUUUUGUGGCUCAAUUGAUAGCAUUUGAGGCAUAUUUUUAUUUUUUUGUGCCUCUUUUAUUUAAUGGUCUACCAAGUAGGCAUUAUGAUGUCA